GAGAAGGAGUGGCACCAUUAGAAAACCAAGCACUUCGACCACGGAUCGAAGCGACAAAAGGUGAGUCAAAAAAACUUCCAACUCGACGUAUCGGAAGGAUUUGUUCCGAAUAUGAUGAUAAUUCGUCGUGAAAUACGAAAGUUCCGUUGAAAAAUAAUUGAAAACAAUUUAUGCUUGUCUCGGCUGUAAAAUUUUUUCCGAAAUUUUCUUUCCCUCGAUAUUUCCUUCUACAGUCAGUUUCAGAUGUCAAAAAAAAUAUUUUUCAGUAUAUUCAUACACAGUUUCGUUGAAAAAUGAUUAUUUUAUGGACAAAUGUGCAUCCCAAUGUGUGGUUUAAAGUGAGUGCGAUACGUUUGUCUAUCCCAAGCCGAAUGAUGGAAUAUUUUAGUUUGCCACCAGCCAAAAAAGAAGCUUUUCGGGGGGUUCCACUUAGAGAACGAACCUCCCAUAUAUAUAUGCAGCCGUUAGUUUUGUAAAAGUGCUCUCCGCCCAGUGGAGUUAAUAGGAUCGUGCACGGUUUUUAAGGAGUUUAUACCGUGUCGUAGAGGAGAGGGCGACAGGUAUCUAAGAUUGGUCGUAAAUUACUUGGAGCCUAUUCGAGUAGCAAUAAAAGCUGGCACUAUCGAGAAGCUUGAUGAAUCUUAUUCGCGGCGGGAUAUAGGGUUAUAACUUUGUCGGAGGAAGCGAGGUUUAUAAAUCGCUUGGGCGAGGCUUCUACGCGUCAAUAUAUAUCACGCUCUUCGCUUCUUCGUCGUUAUUGUCGUUUAAUUAUUAACGAAAAUGGAUAAAAGACUGUCGUCCAUCGUCAUUUUAUUCGUCGUAAUCGCCAUCGUCGGGGCCCAACAACGUACGACUCGAAAGACAGUUUCGGCAGCAGUCGGCCCCCCGAGCGGAUCCGGCCCAAGAGGCUUGCCGGGGCCAAAUACUACCACUAAAAAGCCCAUGAUACAGAACGGUAUAACUUCGAGAACCGACAGACCACCACCUCCUCGUAGAAAAGCAAACUCCGAGACAGGGCCGACGUCUGGAAAUCGCAAAGCUACAGAUCGAGCAGAAGUCAAAGGAAAAACACCGCCGCCAUUAACAACCCGCUCUACUGUUACCCCCGGCAAAAAAACCACCGCUAAAAUAAAGGAUGCGACGAAAAAGGCCCCAAAAGCGGCUUAAGCGUCGACAUAACAAGAAUGUGACAUCGGUUUACGCUUUUGUCGAGGACAUCGAUUCGAAUACCAUUUUUAUUGGUACUCGGAUUCUCGUAUUAUUUCAAAUAUUGUUAUUCCGUAAAUGAUUACGAUGAUACAACGUUUACGCAUCAAUUCUCGGAUUAACCUUGCAGUUAUGCAGUAGAAUUAAGGCCUAUUUAUUUCUAGCCUCUCGUUGUAAUGGUAUAGAAGCAGAAACUUGAUAAAGAAUAGAAAUCGCAGUUGUAGACUGUAGCGCAUGAGCUAGUUUCCAAAUAAAAACUCUCAGUUCCUUCGCCGUGAAAAAUUCUACCGAUCAAACCUCAAUACCGGUCCCGCCAUUUAUCAUUUUCAAUUACGAAGAUCGCAUUCCGACGUGGACGUAAGUAGAGUUGGACGGUUUGUAUCGACGGCAAUGAAGCGGUCCGGGAGACGAUGAGAAUUUGCUGUUUGGCUGAUCGAGAUUUCCGAACGUGUCUCACCGUAGCAGCUCGUUCAAAUUUCACUCAAUUCCAUUCUACUCGCAACACGGAGCGUCUCGGCUUUAGCUUGGCUCCGCGAAAGCAAACGCGAGAACCAACGAAAUCGGAUUCAUUUCUUUGGGUAUAUUUGACACUCCGAGUCGACAGCCGCUGCCACGUCUCUCGCGUUUUCCUACAUGCUCGUCAUGUCGCCUGACACUUCAUACCCCGCGUCAUCUGGAAAAAUCAGCGAAAAAGUCACUCGGUUGCAAUUAGUUUGAAAUCAAUGUGGAGACGUGUGCGAAGUAAUUCCGCUCAAUCAUCCAUGAUAAUUGAUUUAUUUGAAAUAUACAAUGAGAUACUUUCCAAUAAACCGAUCAAAAUUCAUGUGUUUUUGUUGACCCUCG